AUGAACAUACAGGGGAUGGCCUCCAGAAGAGCAUUGUCUGCUCUCUCGAGAAGCCGCCAAUACGUCAACGUCUGUUUCCAAUGCCGCCGCAAGCUGGCAACAGACAGCAAGGUCUUCGCCGAAGGCGACAUAGUCCUCCUCCGCCAAAAAGACGACCCCUCGCACGCCGGCAUCCUCACAAAACCCCUCCGCCCCUCCGCUCGCAUCGAGACGCAUCGGGGUACCCUUCCCCACGCUUCAAUAAUCGGCCGGCGCGUCCGCGACAUCGUCAGCAGCAGCAAGAACGUCGCGUACCGGAUUCAUGAGCCUACGCUAGCUGAGUAUGUGCGCUUGACGCCGAGAGUGGUCACGCCUAUAUACCCAGGCGAUGCGAACUUGAUCGUCAGCUUGCUGGAUAUCCACGUCUCUCCACCUUGCCCAACCGAUGGCGCCACGUUUCCGCUCGAAAUACUCGAGGCGGGAACAGGUCAUGGCGCGCUGACGCUCCACCUCGCGCGUGCAAUACACGCCGCAAACGCGCCGCCGCCUUGUUCUGCGGCCACCCGACCAUCGUCUUCGUCCGCAGCAAGCGACACCGAGACCACCAGCUCCAGUACCAUUGAAGAAGCAGAAGAAGCGGAAGAUGUUUCCUACGACGCGCCUCUCGCUGAGCCCGCAACCACCGCAGCUGAUCCCUACGAGGCAUGGCGCAAAUCGCGCAGAGCAAUCAUCCACACCAUUGAAAUAUCAGCUAAGCACUCCGAGCAGGCGCAACGGACCGUAUCGCGCUUCCGGCGCGGCAUGUAUGCGCACAGCGUUGACUUCCACGUCGGCGAUGUCUCGGAUUGGAUUACGUCGCAGCUGUCGUCACAUGACACGACGGGACGGGGGAUGGAGUUUCUGAGUCACGUGUUCUUGGAUCUGCCGGCUGCGGAGGAGAAGCUGGAACUGGUGGCCAAGGCAAUGAGAGUAGAUGGCGUGUUGGCCGUCUUCAACCCUAGUAUUACUCAGAUUGGCGAGUGCGUCACAAGAAUCAAAGAACUGAAGCUGCCGUUCCAGCUAGAGCAGGUGGUUGAGCUGGGACCGCCGAGGCUGUGGGAUCUCAGGAUCGUUAGGCCGAGGAGUGUCGACCGACUGGAGAACGCAAGAGGCGAAAAACGCUUGAGCAUUAAAAGCGGUGAGGAGGGCGUUGAGCGCGCAGGCGAAGAAGGCGAUGAGGGCAGUGCGGAGGGGAUGAGUGAUGGCGACGUCACGGCGCGAGACCUGGAGCAGGCGGAAGAAUUGGAGAAGAAACAGGGGGUGUGGAAGAUGGUCUGCAGGCCGAAGGCUGGGGAAAGGGUCGUUGGUGGCGGCUUUCUGGGAGUAGGCAGAAAGGAAGAAAUAGAAGAUGCUGUAGAGGCUACGGAGGAGGUCGAGAAGGAGGUCGAGGAGGAGACCAAGGAGGAGACCGAGGAGAUCUCUUCAAGCCGCAGCGGUUAUUACGUGAGCUACAGGCUCCGUGGGCCUCUGGUCCGGCUUAGGGUUGACGAUGAAGCGAGCUCCUACCUCCGGAGGCUGCUCAUCUUCGUUCUCCCUGCCUGGACGGGUUUUAUCGAGGUGAUGCCGUACUGCAAAGUCGUCAAAGUCUUAGUCGGUAAGUAG